AGUUCAUUUUGCCAUAUUUUGCCUUUUGUUUUGUCCCAUCAUUUGUCUUCGCAACCUGCGCAAACGUCGCAGGUUUUAGGGGCAACGGAACCGUCAUGGCGGUGCCCAUUUUGUGCCUUGCGCAUCGUGACCGCAUCCAGAAGGAAAGCGUUGUGACCUUCCCAGGCCUCCGAGCUGGAGGUCCUUCUUGUGCCUGCGAGGUCACAGAGUUCUGUGAGCCUUGGCAGGUGUGCUGUGCGGAGGAUGGCGCCGUGCAGCUGGCCGGCACCGAGAAGUUUCUGAAGGUGGACAGAAAUCUGCUGCUCCCCGGAAAAGUGGUGGUGUUCGACGCCAAGGCCACCCGCGGUAAGUUCUUGAUCUGGCGCUGCACCAAGUGGCUCGUCAACGAGAAUGGCUCGUUGUCGCCCUCGGCCAGCCCAGAGCUCGUGUGCGUGUAUCAGAAAGGCUACGAUGCCGGCAUCGAGGCGCUGUACGUUGCAGGCCAAAUGUGCCAGGCGCUGCCGGAGCCUUGGCAUAGUUGUCCAGGCGAGAGCUUCCAGAUCAAAGAAGAACUUGGCGAUGGAGCGGCUUACAAGCUUGAGGCGAAGGAGGGCAUUCCUCCAAUUUGCAUUCAUUUGCAGCGGGCGGAAGGCAAGGCUGACGAAGCGGAGAUGCACCGGCAAGAGGCCAUUCAAGACCUGUUGGCUUCCAAAGGCUUGGCUCCCAAACGCUUGGCCAGCAACAAGAACUUCUGGCUGGAGCUUUGGGCCAGCAAGGGUGCGGCCGGGAAGGCGGACGCAAGCAACUGGAAAGCUUUGGCCUCAGACCGGGAAUUUAUCGACAAGUGUGGGAGGCUUUUGGCCCGGCUGCACAGCGUCGAGCCGUCAUGGUUUGAGGAGCACAUGGCCAUCCUGAAGAAGCAGCAUCCAGAGCUCAAGGAUGUGCCUGCUUCUUCGCACCUUUGGUGCGACCAGAGCUUCCACAACAAGCGGCACCAAUUCGGCAGGGAGGCAGACCUUGCCCUGGGUGAGCAGGCUUUGAAGUUGUACUUGGAAGCUGGCGCAAACCCAGUCUCAGAGUUCGGUUCGCGAAUAGUAACCGUGCAUGGCGACUUCAUGCCAUCCAACAUUCUGUACACCGAAGAUGGCUUGCAGCUUAUUGAUUUUGAGACCACAUCCUCUGGGUACGCUGUGGCAGACAUCUCGUAUGCCUUCUCGAUCUUUGUGCCAAAAGAGGUUCGAUCCUGCUUUGUGCGUGCAUACUUGGAGGAGACGACUGGCACGAAAGCGAUCCCCGACGACCAGGUGAAGGCAUUGCAUUUGGACGGAGAGCGUUGCAUGAUGAAGUACGGCAGCUGGGUGGUGUCAAGUUAUUGGGGACUGCAGGUUCUAAAUGGCUUUCCAGGUGCACUGAGACACAGCAUCACACUGCACGGCAAGCAGAGCGACACUCCUUUGACAAUGUGUGACGCCUACACCGAUCUUUGCAAACUGGCAGACGAGGCCUUAGACAACCCUGCGCUUGCGCAGGACAUUCUUGAUCGAGGCUUUGAAAAGGUUGCUCGGCGAGUCGUAUGGAAGCACGGGCGGGCACCAAUUCACGUGGAUGAUUGGCCAGCGGACUACACUGGCCAGCUCACCUGGGUGGCUGGCUUCAUCAUGGGCUGUCUCUACAUGGUCGGCUAUUUGAAAUGAAUCAAUGACUGGUUUUUCAGUGAGAGGAGCUGAAGUCAAAGCGCUGUCGGACUGGCAUC